CGCUCCCUCGGCAAUGAACGCAGUGUUUUAUCCCAGGGGAAUGGGAUUAGUUGGCAUAGCCGAGCCGGAGGGUUGGUGCUGAGAGGAUGGAGCCGAACCGAACCCCUUGACACCAGAUUCAAUUGCUGUUGGAAGCAUGAAUAACUUGAAAUGCAUGAAUUGUUAAAACAAGUAUUGAGUGAAUUGCAAUUAUUUGAGGAAGGCCACUUCAAUCUACCAAAGACAAGAUACCUAAAAGCAACGUUCAAUGCCCAACUCUGUAGAAAAUCAGUUACCAAAGCCUACUGGAAACUUAAAAAGUAUCAAUGUCAUUGAUGAGCUUGCUGCUGGUGAUUCACCAGGAACUUCUAAUUCAAAUCUGUUCUCCUGCUAUGGUACUCCAUCUUUCAGUCUAAGUUCUAGUGCAACAGGACAUGGCCCGUGGAUGUUUCCUGUGGUCCGGACGCGGGAAGUGUUUUACAAUGUCUGCUCAGAUUAUGGUUUACUAAAUAAGGCCACUAUUAUUGCCAGUACACCAUGUAGUUCCAGUGACCCAACUCCAGUACAAGAUGGAACUUCUUCAAUUGAUUGUCCAGCACAUGAUUCAAGUUAUGUUGACAUUGACGUUGAUCCUCCGGAUGUAACCCAUAGAGGUAAUGCACAAUUGGUUGCUAUACCUGUCAGCCAUGGGAAACAGCUGCUUGCCUGGGAAAUAGAUACAUUAAAAUCUGAUGUAAUAACAUCUAAAAUGAAAAGUAGAACAGGUAGCUUAAAGAAACAAGCUGCAAAAAAGAUGAAACCAUUGGAAAAACACAACAAAAAAUACAAUGAUUCCUCUCUAUAUACAGUUCUGGAAGAAAUGAAACAGCGCAAAGUUUUAGAUCUUAGGAGAUGGUAUUGCAUCAGUCGUCCACAGUACAAGACUUCAUGUGGAAUUUCCUCUUUAGUUUCAUGCUGGAAUUAUUUAUUUAGUACAUGUGGAACAGGAAGUCUUCCACCUAUUACUCAGGAGGAAGCAUUGCAUAUCUUGGGUUUCCACCAACCCUAUGAAGACAUCAGAUUUGGGCCCUUUACAGGAAAUGCAACACUAAUGAGGAUGCAGAUAGGCUGUUGGUGGAAUUUAUGUCUCUCAAGCUUGUCAACUAAAUUGAAGCUUAGCUAAAAUUGUCUGACAUUGGUUCUCCAGUAUCUUGAGAAUAGCAUGACACUGUAGCGUAAUUAAAGAGAUGAGACUCAUGAAAUUCAAAGGCAAAGUUAUGAUUAAAGUAGUUUUAUUU